AUGGACAUAACUAAUAAUCUAAGUAAUUCCAAUACCAUAACAUCAUCAACAAAUCCACCAAAACGUGUUCGACUUGAAACUGACGAUUGGAUUGAUAAAGCACCACGAUCACGUCUAUUAGAACGUUGGAAAGAACAAGAUUCAUAUAUUGAUUAUUUAGAAUCACGUUUACAUCAAUUACAACAAUCUAUUGAAUCGAAUGAACGUUUACGUGAAAAAGAAGCUGAAUGUAAAAAAUUAAAAUCUAUGCUUAAUUAUCGAUUGUUAACUAAAACAACACAACAACAAGCAUUGGAUCAAAUGCGUGAUAUGAUGCAAACACCAUCAUUAAGUCGUCUUAGACAAACAUAUUUAGAUCCAUCAAUUAAUCUUAUAUAUGGACAAAUGCGUGAUGAAAUUGAACAAAGUCGUAAAGCUCGUGAUGAAGCACAAAAUGAAUUACAUUCAUGGCAAUUUACACCCGAUAGUAAAACUGGUAAAAUGCUCAUGGCUCGAUGUAAAAAAUUACUUGAAGAAAAUGAACAAUUAGGAAAAAUAGUUUCAUCAGAUAAUGUUGCUAAACUUGAAGGUGAAAUAGCUUUACAGAAUCAACUUUUAUCAAAUAUAAAAGAUACACAAAAAGAUUAUGAAGAUAUUAUGUUAGAUAUGGAUACAAAUAUGGAUGCUAUGUCAAGUACAUUACUUCAUAUGCGUCAACAAUUAACUGAUUCUCAUCAACAAAUAAUUUCAUUAAGUGAAGAAAAUGCUCGUUUAAAAACUCUUUGUCAAUCAACAAAUAAAUCUCUAAAUACACCAAAUGGAACUAUUCAUACAGAUUCAUCGUCGAUUGUUACGACAACGACAAACAAUAAUAAUAAAUUACCACAGAAACGACCACAUUCAUCAAAUAGGACUACACAAAAUGUCGCUACUACAAAUAAAUUAAAAACAACAACUAAUUUAUAUGAUAUAGAUGAAACAACUUCGCCACCACUAGUACCACCACCAUCAUCAUCAAAUGAUAUAAUGGAUGUAGAAUCUAAUAUAUCGACAUCAAUGAACAGUACUACUACUACUACUAAUAAUAAUAAUAAUAAUAAUAAUAAUAACAAUGAGCAUCUGAAAAGGACUAAUGCGCUUGAAAAUGGAAUUAAUAUUACAAGUUAA